AUGUUUUCAUUAAAUUAUUGUUCAUAUCGUAAUUAUUUAUUGCUAAUACUUUUAUGUUCGAUAUUUAUUUAUUAUAAUUCAUUACGUCAAACAAAAAAUUUUGAUGUAACUACUGAAAUAUCUAAUUCCAAUCGAAUAAUUUAUGCUGUUCGAACUGGUUCACGUUUUUAUCAAAAACGUUUAGUUUAUCUUCUUCAAACAUGGAUACCAUUAGUAAAUAAAGAUACUUUUUUUAUUACGGAUAAAUUAUUACCAAAUAUAUCUCAGGAUCAUACGAUUUUAACAGAAAAAGCAUGUGGAUCUGAUGCUCAUUCUAUGAGUAAUUUAUGUUGUAAAACAGCACAUGAUUUUCUAGUCUUUCAUCAUUAUAUAUCUGAAUAUAAUUGGUUCUGUCAUUUCGAUGAUGAUCAAUAUGUUAAUGUUAAUAAAUUAAAUGAAUAUUUAUCUACUCUUGAUUCUAAUAAACCUUAUUAUAUUGGACGUACUUCAUGGCCUAAUGCUCUUCAACGAUCAAAAGAACCAUUUCCAAGUCCAUUUUGGUUUGCUACAUUAGGUGCUGGUGUAUGUCUAUCAAAACAAACAAUUCAUCUUCUUAAACCUUAUACUCAAACAACAUCAGAAUUUGUUGAUGGUUGUAUACGUGAAAAUUAUCAUGAUGAUAUUUAUUUAGGUUUUCUUUUAUCUGCUUAUUUAAAUAUAACUUUAACGAAAACUGAUCGAUUUCAUUCUCAUCUCGAAAAAUCUUUCUAUAGUAAUAAACAAACAUUUCUUCGAACAUUUACAAAUCAAAUAACAUUUGGCUUUCGUACACCUGAUCGUUAUCCAUAUUUUCUUCCGCAAUUUUAUCGAUCUCAUCUAGAUCCAUAUCGUAUGCGUACACUUCAUUGUCUGCUCUAUACACAAAUAAAUGAAUGUCAAACAAAAAUUCAUCAACAUCUUUUUAAUUCUACGAAAUAG